AAAUCCCAUCUUCUCCAUCUGCCAACGACCAGGCCCUCCAAUAAUUCUUCCAAUAUUUCUGUGUUCUUUGCAAAUAAUUUUCUUUAAAAAAAAAAGAUCACAAGAGGAUUGUGUUGUGUUGGUUUCACCUGCCAAUCCAAUCCGAUCACAUUUUUUCUUUUCUUUUGUCUCUUAAGGGAGAUCUGAGAUUUUUCCCAAAACCCAAUCUUCUCUUUUUUCUUGAUUUCUGUGUUUAUUCCGGAGAGAAAUGGAGAUAUCAGUUCUUUAAACUGCUUUUGCAUACUUCAUCUUUUUUUGGUGUUCUAGUCGAAAGAUCGGAGUCUUGAUUCUGUUAUCUGAGAAAGCUGAGAUUUUUUUAAUUGAUGUAUCGGUUUCUUGAACUGAGAAUUUGAAGCUGUUGGUUUCUUGAACUGAGAACUUAAAGCUGUUGGUUUCUUGAAGCUUUCUGGGCUAAUGGGUAAUUGUUGUGCUUCACCUCUGACUACUGAUGAGAAGAAGGGGAAAAAGCCAAACCCCUUUUCCAUAGACUACGCUGGAAACCAUACGCCUGGAAAUGGAGGGCACAGGUCCUAUGUGUUGGAAGACCCAACAGGGCACGAUAUAGAGGCCACAUACGAGCUGGGGCGUGAACUUGGCCGGGGAGAAUUUGGGGUUACUUACUUGUGUACGGAUAAGUCAACUGGAGAACAUUUGGCCUGCAAAUCGAUAUCGAAGAAGAAGCUGAGGACUAGAGUGGAUAUUGAAGAUGUUAGGAGGGAGGUUGAGAUCAUGAGGCAUUUGCCCAAGCAUCAAAACAUUGUGACCUUGAAGGAUACAUACGAGGAUGAUCAAGCCGUCCAUCUGGUGAUGGAGCUGUGUGAGGGCGGUGAGUUGUUUGAUCGGAUUGUUGCGAGGGGUCAUUACACUGAGAGGGCUGCCGCUGCGGUUACUCGCACCAUUGUUGAAGUUAUUCAGAUGUGUCAUAAACAUGGCGUGAUGCAUCGUGAUCUCAAACCUGAAAACUUUCUGUUUGCAAACAAGAAAGAAACUGCAGCCCUAAAAGCCAUUGAUUUCGGGCUUUCGAUUUUCUUUAAACCUGGCGAGAGAUUUAAUGAGAUUGUGGGAAGUCCAUAUUACAUGGCUCCAGAGGUUCUGAAAAGAAACUACGGCCCAGAAGUGGAUGUUUGGAGUGCCGGCGUGAUUCUCUACAUCUUACUAUGCGGUGUUCCACCAUUUUGGGCAGAAACUGAACAAGGUGUUGCUCAAGCAAUCAUAAGGUCUGUUGUGGAUUUCCGAAGAGAUCCCUGGCCUAAGGUGUCUGAUAAUGCAAAGGACCUUGUGAAGAAGAUGCUCAACCCGGACCCUACCAAGCGUCUUACUGCUCAGGAAGUUCUAGAUCAUCCUUGGUUACAGAACGCAAAGAAGGCUCCUAAUGUUUCUUUGGGUGAAACUGUAAAAGCAAGGCUCAAGCAGUUCUCCAUGAUGAAUAAACUGAAGAAAAGAGCUCUGAGGGUGAUAGCCGAGCAUUUGUCAGUGGAGGAAGUGGCUGGAAUAAAGGAAGGGUUCCAACUAAUGGACACAAGCAACAAAGGGAAGAUCGACAUCAAUGAGUUGAGAGUCGGUUUGCAGAAACUCGGCCAUCAAAUCCCCGAUUCGGAUCUCCAAAUUCUUAUGGAAGCUGGUGAUGUGGAUAAAGAUGGUCAUCUGGAUUGUGCGGAGUUUGUGGCGAUUUCUGUUCACCUAAGGAAGAUGGGAAAUGAUGAACACUUGAAGAAAGCAUUUGAGUUUUUUGACAAGAACCAGACCGGAUACAUAGAGAUUGAGGAGCUACGCGAUGCCUUAGCUGAUGAUAUCGACACAAACAGCGAAGAAAUUGUCAAUGCUAUUAUGCAAGAUGUAGAUACUGACAAGGAUGGGAGGAUAAGCUAUGAUGAGUUCGCUGGAAUGAUGAAGGCUGGGACAGACUGGAGAAAGGCCUCAAGGCAGUAUUCUCGAGAACGAUACAAUGAUCUGAGCUUGAGAUUGAUGAAGGAUGGGUCCUUGACCGGUGAGGGUAGAUAGCUAUGAAGACGGGCGAUAGAGAGAUUUUUAACCAAAGAAGUUGUACAAGGAAAGGUGUUCUUUUGUUUUUUUUUCUUUCUUUUUUUUGUGUGGAUAUUCUUUCAUUUUUCUCACUUAAAAAAAUGAUGAUUCAAAUGUACUGUAUGUGUGAAUCCCACUGUUGUUGAUCAAGAUAGAAUUGGUUUCUAGCUGCCACUGCUUGUUGGCUUUUGUGUAGUGAGUGAUUUUUUUUCUUUCUCUUUUGAUGUUUUUUGUGUUGUUUGAAAAGGCUGAUCCAGUUCUCAGUUGUAUUUUAGUCUAAAAAUGUUGAAGGCUCUGUUUAUGUAACAUAUUGUUGUUCUAAUCAAGUGUUCUCCUUUGA